ACCAAAUGCAACACAGUUUACAACUUUGACAAACAAACAAAUCAACCUGACAUCAGCUCCCGUAAAUGACAAACACCCACUGAUUUCACAAUUCUCUUGAGUGUUGAAAAGACUCAAUACGAGAAUAUCUUCAACACAGUUUAUGCCCACAGCAGCACAGCAGCAGUCCUGAGAGACGAGGGCAGCUGCUCCACUGCUGGCUUUGCUUACAGGUCAAGAUCUUGUCGUAUAACCAAUGACAGCAUGAGGUGAGAAAUAUUUAUAUGUAAUAUUUGCUAAUAAAAUGAAUCAAAUAAUGCAGACCUACACAUUUUUAAGCUGCAAAUUCUCUGCUCUAAUAGAGCACUGUUUUUUUUAAAUUACACUGUUUGUACAUUCACAAUCACAGAUUAUUACUUUUCUCAUGCUUUCUCUAAAACUGCAUUAAAAAAAGAAUGACUAAAUGAAUUACUACAUCACUUUAAAAGUUUCAUCAAAACUCUUUUAAGGCUGCUCAGCCCUGCUGAUAGAGCAUCCAGCUCCCCCUCAGGUCAGUGACUCAGGGCCCUCUUCCAGUUCUCUGUGCAGGCCUACGCAAUGCGGACACUCAGGCUGGCAGCUUGCCAUCUCAGAUCAGUCACAUUUCAUUUAGUGGGGGAUUAAGUUCUUUUUUUGUGGUGUAAUUAAGUUUUUUCUUUUUCUUUUUGGCUUUCAGAUGGAAAUCAACUGAGUUUGUCAUUCAUUGCUGUGUUUUUACAGUCCACAAACAAGCAAGGCUAUUGCAUUACAAAUGAUUUGUUGUGGUCAAAGGAAGUUUAUGGCUUCAAAUCAUGUUUAACUAUGAUCUGUUGACCAUUACGCUGUCGGGGCUCGCCUCAGUGAAAAUGUACAUUUAGCAAUUCUCUUUAGUAAUGUAUAUUGGCUAAAUGUACAACAUCAAAGAGCAGUGGUGAAUUUUCAAAAUCCAUGUUAGGUUUCUCUGACAUGGUGAACCCUCCACCGGGUUUGUGAGGGAGUAUCUGCGUGGGUGCGUUUGAUCAGUGAUGUACUCACUUCCCGUGGGAGCAUUCAUCUGGUUUCCCUUUAACUAAUUGGGGAAGAUGGAGGAGGUCAGUGGGAUGAGAGGAGGAGGAGGAGGCAUAGAUGGAGGAAGACAGACUGUGUGAGAGGAGGGAUGAAUAGGAGAGGGUUAAUUGAAUGAAACCCUCUUCUGGUCUCAGAUGCCAUAAACAAGGAGGGAUUUUAAAACCAGGAUAAUUCCUUAUUCAACCCCACUGGAGGACUUUGUUACUUCUCUGUCAUCUCUUUUAUUGUUCAGAGCACCACCUGCUCACCCUAACAUCCUGUACUUCACCUUCAAUUUAAAUUUUGGCUGAAAUCAAUCUAUUAGACCUAAACUGAUUAACAGUGUUUGGAUAGAGCAGCAUGCAUGCAGACAGGGUAGCCCCCCUGCAAACCCCCCGCCCACCCUUGCUCCCUUAUUCAACACUAGCACACACAGCAUAUUCUUGAUGAAGCAUCCUGCUGUUCAAACUCCGACUGAUCUGUCUCUCUGUAAGCCCUAAAUCAACCUUAUGGGCCAUUUUAGAAAUUACCACCAUUAAGAACUGCAUACAUGCACUUUUACACCCAUUUAUGCUCAGAAAAGCGUGAGCACAUGCACCCAUGUCUUCUGAUGAUCCCAAAGCUUGAAUAUAAAAUCAUAACGAUGGCAGAGGAAAUCACCUUUAACUGUAAUGUUAAAUAUUCCUCAAAAUAACUUCAAACUAAACUUUUGUGCUUUUAGGUACAAAAUGAUGUAGUUUUAAGUUAAAGGAAUCGUCUGUCAUUUUCGGUCUGGCAUAUUGGCUUUAAUAACAAAAUUUAGAUGUCAAGAUCAAUAACACUCUCCUGUUUGCAGAGUUAAUAUAGAGCUACACCAGAAGCUUAGCUUAGCACAAAGACUGGAAACUGCAGACUGCAGCUUAAUUUCUGACCUGUAGACAAUUAAACACCUUUCUUAUUCGGACUCCUAAAUAAAGACAACAUUUUCUGUCAAAGUUGGGAGGAGUUUGGUUAUUUUGCAAGAGAGAUUUUCUGCAUUGUGCUUUCUCUCUGUGCUUUUCUCGCUUGCGUGAAGUGGGCAGGGCUCAGUUGGAAAUAGAUGAUGUCAUCCAUUUCCUUGCACCAAUUAGGGUCCAGCAACAUUUCACUCAAAACAUGAUGACUGUUGUGGUCUUUUUUUUUUGCUUGUGUUGCUCAAAUCACACUCCUGAUGAAGAUUAGCUUACUUUUUUAUAGUGUAACCAUCGUAAUAAAUAACAACUAAGGAUUUUUAUUCCUGAACUUUAUUUUUGAUUGUUGCUUACUUUAUCUAAAAUAUAUUUCAACACCAUACACUGUCCCUCUUCCUGGAGAUAUAUUAUAGCUGUAUAAUAUCCCUGAUCGAGUUAGGGGAGAUCAUUUUCAUGUAACUCUUUUGUAAUGAUAAUAUCCCAAGCUUAACUAAUAAAGGAAGGAGUGAAAUCUGCCUCCUGUCAGCGUUUACGAUGAGAAGCACUUGCAUGAUUAGAUGUCUUGCGAUCGAUGCAGCUUCUUCUCCCAAUCAUUAAGACUGCUCUUAACAGAUUACAACCCCCUCCCAAACACGCACAGUCUUCUCUCCCCCUCUUCUUGCUCCUCCUUCUGUCUCACAUGCACGCUCUUUCAGCCUUGAACACACAGAAUAGGAGACUUGCCUCUCUAUUUCAAUUUUUUGUGCAUUUUCUUACACCUGAAGUUCUUUCAGUUCUGGAAGAAACUGAUUAGUUGAACCUAACCUCCACUGACGACCAGAUGAACAGACAGCGGAAUGAUAAAAACUAAACUAAAAUACAAGAGGUGGUGGUGAACGUACAGUAACUGGCAGAGAUGGACCUGCAUACAAUCUUCUGCUUUUACCUCCUGCUUUUAUGUUUUGAUCUUUCAGGAGCUGCAAGCCUCAUUACAGCGGAUAUAUUUGAAGCCAGGGGUCAACGUGUGUGCAAGGCAGGAAAAGGGAGGCCGUGUUACAAGCUGGCUUACUUCUCCGAGCUCCGGCGCCGGCUGAACUUUGUGGAGGCAGAAAUCGCCUGCCAGCGGGAUGGAGGGCAGCUGCUGAGCGUAGAGUCGCCAUCUGAGCAGAAGAUUGUAGAGCAGCUCAUCACAGAGCUACGCCCAACUGAUGGAGACUUCUGGAUCGGGCUCCGCCGUAACCAUGGAGAUGGGGACAGCAGCAGUGACUGCUCCUCACAGUACUACUGGCUGGAUGGCAGCAAGUCUACAUUUAGGAACUGGCACAUAGAUGAGCCAUCAUGCGGUUAUGAGGUGUGUGUGGUGAUGUACCACCAACCGUCUGCUCCCCCCGGUCUGGGAGGGCUCUACAUGUUCCAGUGGAACGAUGACAACUGCGAAACCAAGAACAACUUCAUCUGCAAAUACACUGCAGAGUCUCCAGUGGAUCCUUCCCCUUCCCCGAACACCACACAAACAGACAUCUUCCCCUCAUCUGUCCUGCCGUGGCAUCCAAGUGACAACAACCAAGGCAGAAGUACAGCUCUAAAUUUGGUUUACAUCUUCAUUCCCACCAUUCCUCUGUUACUACUGUUACUGACAGUGAUCGGAGUCUGUUGCUUUAAACUGCUUGUCAGACGAAGGACCAAAGAGCAGAAAUCAGAAGUAUGCCAGACAGACCCAGGCCCAAGCCCGAUUCCAACCGAUGUCUACAAUGUCAUUCGUUCCCAGAAGGACGAUGACCUGGUUUCCACUCGGCCCAACACCAAAAACACCUCUUUUUUAUGCUCCUCCCCUGACACACCAACAGGUGAUUAUGACAACCUGGGCGGCCGGGACACAGAAAGCGGCUUUGUGACACUUGCCAGCACAGAGAGCUGCUUCCUCAACUUUGACCUCAAUGAUCUCAGCCUCGGGCGUCGUGCCACCCGCGACUUCUACGACACCAGCUUGGGCCGGUCAGGAAAGAGGGACUUGACUGACAGCAGUCUGGGUUGCUCUGGCCACAGAGAGUUUUAUGACAGGAGUCUUGGUCGUCGCACAACAAAGAGUGAGCAUUACGGCAGCAGUGUGUAUGGAGACCGUGGAUUGUAUGAUGUCAGUAUCAGAGGAGGGACUGACCUUUAUGACCCCAAACUGAGGCCUGGAAGUCACACAAUAAAGGCUGACCUUUAUCAGACAUACAUCACCAAUGGCAAGGAGGACACUUACCAAACCAGCCUGGGAACAUACGGAAACCGCAAAUCCUACCAAUCAAAUCUGGAUUACUACAGGAACGGCCUGACUCUUGACAGCGGAAAGAGAUACUUCAAUGAACAAGAAUGGAUCAACAGAGAAAACUACUGAUCCUCCCGGCGGUUCCUUAAGUGUGUGUACAGCAGCGUGUGUCACUGUGGAUGAGGACGAGAGAAUGGCAAACACUGUGUGUGCGUUUGGUUGUAAUUGUGCAGUGUGUUUCUGAAUCCUUUUAAGGUAAUGAAAAUCAGAUGUGGAUAUGUUCAAAUGAAACCUGUAGUCAAUUGCUGAACUAUACCCCGGGUUGUAGUUAUUUUAUAGUAAUAUAAACCAUAUAAACACUGUAUCAUUUGAAAUUAAAGGUCAGUUUAAAAAAACAAACAAAAAACACUUUUUUUUUAGUUGUAUAGAGCCAUACAGAUAGUUUGGGUUUCAUUCGGUCACGUUUUGAGACAUGGAGAUGAAUUGACUUUAGUUUGUGGUGCUCAUAGCAUUUAAAAAAUGUUGUUUAAAAGAUAAAACAGUCACAUAUCUUUAAGAAAACAAUGUCCAAGUUACUCUGGAUAAUACACAUACCUCGUGGUAACUGCUUUUACUGUAACUACUGAAAUGAAGAAGAGUAGCCGGGAAAACUGUUGAUAGUAAAGUCUUAUUUCAGGGGUUAUCACUCAUUAUUGGAGACACUGUUGAAUUUUGCAGUACUAUGAGCACCAAAACCAAAUUCUUUUCACUUUUAUUGUAUUGCAGUGGCAGCAGACAUCUAAAAAAAAACUAAUAUUUUGAAGUCUGGACAAUAUUACAAUAUUACCAAUAUUUACAGAGAUAAUAUUAUCAUUAUCUCCCUAAAGUAGCAGCACGGAGUGUCUCAGAUUUGACUGAGAAAUUAUGAAUGACUUUGAGUGUGAGUGUGUGUGUGUGUGUGUGUGUGUGUGUGUAGCAUCCUGUUUGCAUGGCCUUGUCAUGCUUGGUAGGUUAACUACUGAGGUCUUGGACCGUUGUGUUUGCUGUGCCUGAAGAUGCUGUUUUUGUUGUUUUGUAAUCACACCCACAUUUACCUGAUAUAAAUAGGCUACCUCGAACAGAUUGUUUUGACAUGGCCUUAAAAUGUUUGUUGUCAAGAAACAGCUGAAUUUCAUUUACACACUUGUUCCCUUGUUUUUUUAAUGGCCUUCUGUCUCCUAUUGAGUCAAUCAAUAGUAGUUAAUCAAUAGGAGACAGAUAUAGAGAAUGCUAACAAGUGGAAAGGUAGCUCAUAUAGUGAAUUCAGCUCGAGUGCCUGCAGCCUGACCACAGCAAUGGCAUGAUAUCAAAGAGAAUGAUCAAAUAUAGCAUUGUCUGUAUUGUUAAUCAGAAUGUAUAAUGCCUUGACAUCUCUCCUGUAAGCGAGUGGUUUGUAUGUUUGUUAUAUAAAGAAAUCUUCAAAUAAAAUGAGUUUAGAACUGAA